AUGAACGUGUUAGCGUUACUAUUUCUCCUGGCACAAGUAGCCACUAGUUCCGGUAAACUAAUUGUAUUACGAAGAAAAGACUACACCGGAAGAAACAACAUUCGUACGAGAAAACUAACGUGCAUAUCAGACGACGAUGGCAGCGGUUUAAUAUGGAACAGAAAUUUAAACUGGGCGCAUAGUUCGGACGAGCAAGCUCGUACCUUAAGAUACGCUACUAUAGAAGUUGCGCAAGAUUAUGCGGAUGGCAAAUACUUCUGGCCAAACGUGACAUGUCAAAGGCUGUACAACGACGAAAGCACCGUCGUCAGUUCCUUGCCUGACGUUAAGAUCAAUUCAGAAUUCGAUAACACACGUUGCCCCAGGGGAACAAUCGGCCCGUAUUGUUCGAUAAAUUGUGCGGAAGAUUUGGAGAGCGACGUAAACUGCAGAGGAAUCGCGAUCUGUGACGAAAGGGGUUGUACGUGUCCACCAGGAUUCCUGGGAGCGGACUGCGACACUAACUGUCAAAUUGGCCAAUACGGAUACGGAUGUAACGAAACUUGUGGCUUGUGUAAAAACAAGGAUUGCAAUUUCGUAACUGGACAUUGUUACUUCAUUUGUGACAACUCUGAAGGAUACUAUAUACCGCCAUUUUGUAAAAAAGCCAUAAACCUUCCACUACCCGAGAUUGAUUUUAUCAACGAAACGGCGGUUCGUGUGUUCGUUCCAGUGAGAGAAGAAUAUAAAUUGAUACUUUCUAGUUACAAAUUUUUCAUAUUGAAAUUGGACGGGGGGAAACCAGAUCUGAUUGGAAAUGCGAAUAUACUUGACGACACUACAACCAUGAUCGGAUAUACGGAUGAAUUAAAGCCAAACUCUUCUUACCAAAUUCGGUGCGUAUUCGGCGUUAUCGAUUCUUUUCUACCCAUAUACGGAAAAUGGAAGAAUUUCACAAAUGGCUGCACUGCGAAUAUCAACUUUAAAGUAGAAAUAAGGAAUACCAGUUUAACGUUGAAAACGGGUGAACAAAACAUGUACAUUUGCCCGAGCAAUUUUCUUUUGGAAAAUCACGAAACAGGCGAGCAGAUUAGCAAAGGGAAUCUAACGAAAUUACCGUUAGAACUUACCAACCUGACACCUUAUACUCUUUAUAAACUUACCGUCAGCAACGGAGCAGAAGUUUUAUUUUCACAAAAAAUCCAAACUCUCGACGGAGUGCCGUCAAACGUAAGGAACGUUCGAAUGAUAAUAAGAUCGUACAACGAAGUUACGUUAAAAUGGGAUCCCCCUUUGUACCCGAAUGGAAUCGUACAGAAAUACGAAACUGUGUUCCAGGUUCAAAGGUAUCUUGGCUGCGAUAAUUCGACGGCUCCACCGCCGAUAAUCGAAACUAUUUCCAAUACUCCUAACUUCACUACUGCCACGUACUCGAAAUUGAAACCCUAUGCGCGAUACGUUGUAAAAAUCGCGGCCCACACUUCCAAUCGAGGACCCCAAGAAAUAAUCGAAUUUAACACCAAUCAGAAUGAAACUGUAACCGAGGAGUACAGCAAUCUAAGAUUCCAAGAUAACACGCUAACGUGGGAUGCGCCGGAGGAUUGCACCACGAUAUCAGGAAGAAUUGUUGCAAAAAUCAUAGUAAUGGGUCUCGGCGAAGCUGUAGAGAAUUUCAGUAUCGUUCGACUAACGGAAGAAUACUCUUUGAACGUGAGCGAAUUGUUGUACGGAGCUGAAACAUACGAAGCACGAGUUUACGCUGUCAGAAGCUACGAUAAACAACAGAACGAAUUGGUUUUUAAGAAGCUCGUGUUCACCACUCCUCCGAAAGCUCCACCUCCCGUGAGGAAUCUCGAAAUUUACGAACUCGAUUCAGAAACUACGAGCGUGUAUCUAAGAUGGCUAAAACCAGAACCACCUAUCAACGGGGAGAUCGAGUAUUAUCUGGUGACGAAUCGUUAUCGUAACUGUGAAAUAACGUCCAAGAUACAACCAACGGAGUACUGCAAACUGUGGAACAAAUACAUCUGCGCGACUGUAAAGAACCCGUUGUUUCAGGUCGCAGCCGUGAACGUGAACGUCUCGACACCCGGCACACUGUCAUCCGUGUCGAUAAUCAGCGAAAAACUAAAGCUGGACGCGCCAGAAAUGUUCGCCGCGGAGGCUCGCGACAAAGGGCUGGUGAACUUGAGCUGGUCCCAUCCUUGGAAGACAGGUGGCCAUCUUGAUAAAUUUGUGAUAAGCGCAGAAAUGAUUUCGUCUCGCCUGAAAAUGGAAAUUCCUCGAUCUCGAAGAGGCACGAUUUACGUAUACCACGUUAAGGAAUAUCGAUCAGAGUACAACGAGACGUUGCAUCUAUUGUCGUCGUCUACAUACAAAAUCUCCAUACGAGGAAUGACAAAUACGGAAACGUACGGGGAGAGAAAGAUCGUAGAGGUGAAGACACCUCCGGCCAUAGGAUUCGAGAAGGAACUGAUAGCAGAAGUCCAGAGGGAAGAUUCGACGAUUCUGUUGCACGUUCCAGCCGUUUUAAACGACACGAAAGACAGCCUGAUGAACGUGGUCGUAAAAGGACCGCAGGUUUGCACGAAUCGCGAGAAAUUGAUCCCGUAUCUGCUCGAGAAAGCAGGCAUCGAGGAUCACGAGAUCGCGUGGAAAGUCGCCACGUUUCCCACCGACGAGUACGCUGGUAAAACGAUCACAAUAGGCGAUAACAGGGUACGCGGUUAUGCCACCAAUUGCCCGCUGCGGCCAGCAGAGUCCUACGCAAUAGUGGUUAUUGUGCAAACCGAAAAGAGAUCGAUAGACGGUCGUGUUAUAGUCGCGAAAACAGCAUCGAUUCGUGUCGAUGAGCCGCCGAAGCGACACCACGAGGCUUGGCUUACACUUCCCACGAUAUUCGCCAUCGUUGGAGCUGGGACUUUUUACUUUUACAGAAGAAAACAGAAGAAAAGUCAGGAAGUGGUUGUGACGUAUACCAACGAAAAUCCUGAGGUAGAAUCGAUCGGGUUCAGUACGAAAUACGUUUGCAGCACCACACCUACUUCGUCCGAUAAAGAGUUUUUAUCACGCGCGAGUACACCUUACGAAAACGGCACGGUAUACGUGAACGAUAUUAGUCAGAGAGGGGAACGAAUGUCUCCGGUUAAAGUGAAGGAUUUCGAGGACUAUGUGAAGCAGGCGAUCGAUACUGGAAUGCUGCACAAACAGUACAGCACGUUGCCAAGAGGACAAACGAAACCAUGGGACUACGGGAAGUUGCCGCAGAACAAACCAAAAAAUCGUUAUGCAAAUCUUAUAGCAUACGACGAGAAUCGCGUGACAUUAGAGAAGCUUCCCGACGAUCCUUACUCCGAUUACAUAAACGCUAAUUACAUCAAGGGUUACAAAAAAGAGGACUGCUACAUAGCCACGCAAGGACCUAAAGCGAACACGGUGAUCGAUUUCUGGAGGAUGGUCUGGCAAGAAGAAUGCUACAUCAUUUGCAUGCUUGCGAAUUUAGUGGAAGGAGGAAAGGUGAAAUGUGAACAGUAUUGGCCUGACAUUGGAAAGAAGAAAAAGUACGGCGAUAUAAUUGUUUUCAACGCAAAACACACGGUAUUCGCAGAUUUCACUUUUCGUACUUUACACGUGACGUAUGAAGACGAAGCUCGUAAGAUCGAGCAUUUGCAUUACACAGCAUGGCCAGAUCAUGGCGUGCCUAUGUCCACGCAUUCUGUGGUAACGUAUUUAAAGAAGCUGUUGGCAACGUCACCCGGAAAUGGACCAGUUGUGGUCCACUGUAGCGCAGGCGUCGGGAGAACUGGAACAAUAAUUUUGUGCGACAUUUGCCUUCGGCGUGCGACCGCAGAAGGGGUGGUUGACGUGUUCGCGGAAACGGAGGCCAUCAGGAGUCAACGAGCCAACAUGGUGGACAACAAUCAGCAGUAUUUGCUAGCUCAUUUAACGCUCGUCGAGUGUUUACUCGCUUUUCCUACCACCCUAGUGUGCAACGAAGUUCUACCGAGCAGGAUUAAAGAGCUUAAAACACAGCUGACGAUACAACGAGAUAGUUUAGAGAAGAUGACCUGGCAAGAUGAGGCCCUUCGUCCACCUGCCAGUCAAGCAGCGCUAUCGGAACGUAAUCUUGCUAAAAAUCGAUUUCCCGAAUUGGUCUCAGCGAAAGUUAGCAGAGUGUAUUUAAAGAGAUAUCCGUCGACAGAUGAGGACAGCGAUUACAUAUCCGCUGUUUACGUGGACGGUGUACGAUUGCAGAAUCAGUACCUGGCGGCGCAACUACCACUGCCAGGAACCUUUACCGAUUUCUGGAGAAUGGUGGCCGAGUAUAAAAUCGAAUUGAUCAUCAUGUUACAACCGCCGGACCCGAAAGACGCGACCUGUUGUCCGAUUGUUCCAAGCGAAGAAUUCAAACCGGUACCGUACAUAAACGUUCGAUCGAAAGAAUUCGCUGAAUUUGCACACUACUCGUCGCAGAGGUUGAUACUCGUGGACAAACUGGAGAAACCGGUUACCGAACAACAGGUAACGAUAUUAUGCUCGACGGAAUGGAAGGCUGGGAGAAACGAGGAACCACCGGAGACAAUGUCAUUGGUGACACUGUGGCAAGCCGCGGAGAGAAUUUCUAGAGGGGAUGGGCCAACCGUUGUUCUCUGCCACGACGGCGUGACCGGCUGUGGACUUUACCUGGCCUUAAGUUUUCUUUUGGAGAGAAUAAGCGUGGAAAAGGAAUGCGACGUUUGCCUGGCGAUUCGAGCGAUUCGAAGAUCCAGGCCUGAUUUCGUCAGCUCGUUGGAACACAUCGAGUAUCUGUACGAAGCGGCGAUAACGUAUUUGAAAUAUUUCGAGACUUACGCGAAUUUCACGUGA